CGGCCCUUAAACUGAAUCGCUGGAGACUUCCGGGCUUGGGCCACUGCGGUAGUGCGGUUGUAGGACUUGCCAGUGCACACGGCCUCUUCUGCCUCGCCAGCGGAACAGGGGCUCAGGCCUCAUUCACUUCGCUCCUUCAGUUAACAGCAGAGACAUCGACAAAUGCUUGUUGAAUAAAGAGAAAUAAAGAGCUUGGGAAGGAGCGAAACCUUUUUGACCUCUUUCAGUUGUUCCCGCCUACUCCAUCUUCUUCCAGGUCAGGGGGUGUGCCUCAGAGAAAGAAGGAAAAGAAUUUUGCGGGCUGUCACACACUUCGGAUGUUUAGCUGGGCCUUUGAAUCUUCCUAGAGUCCAUACUCACGCCAGGAUCUCUUCUUUUGGAAAUCAUCAUUUGGCCUGUGGCUUCACUACCUCCACAUUAUUCAUUUUUUUUUUUUUUUUUGCGGAACUUGUGGAAACUGAAAAGAGGGUUAAUUGGACUGUAGUCCUAUAAAACAUCAAAGCUCAAAUCCUCCCGAAGGAGAGUAAUUUUCUGCUCCUUUGUAGGAGACUUCCCAAAGCAAUAAUUUUGAUCCCAACACCACAGCCUCAGUUGAUCCUUCAUUUAACAAUUCUAACAGUCAUGGAGAAGCGCCUGCAGGAGGCUCAGCUAUUCAAGGAGGAAGGGAACCAACGCUACCGGGAAGGGAAGUACCGAGAUGCUGUGAGUAGGUACCACCGAGCUCUUCUUCAGCUGCGGGGCUUGGACCCAAGUCUGCCUUCCCCGAUACCCAGUCUAGGACCUGAGGGCCCAGCUCUCACGCCGGAGCAAGAAAACAUACUGCACACCACUCAGACAGACUGCUAUAACAACCUAGCUGCCUGUCUCCUCCAGAUGGAGCCAGUGAACUAUGAGCGAGUGAGGGAAUACAGUCAGAAAGUCCUAGAACGACAACCUGAUAAUGCCAAGGCCUUGUAUCGGGCUGGAGUAGCCUUCUUCCAUCUGCAGGACUAUGACCAGGCUCGGCACUACCUGCUGGCUGCUGUCAAUAAGCAACCUAAAGAUGCCAAUGUCCGGCGAUACCUCCAGUUGACACAAUCAGAACUCAGCAGCUACCACAGGAAAGAGAAGCAGCUAUAUCUGGGCAUGUUUGGUUAAUGAAGAAAAAAGAUGCUUCUCUACUUGAGCUCAAGUGGACCACUAAAGACCCGUCAAGAGAGACCUGAACCUCAACAAGAGAGAUUCACCCUUUACUUCUGACCCAGGUGGAUUUCUAUUUUCCUGUUCUGCACAAGCUCUUUGCUACUUAGGCCAUGUGGCUGGCAAUCCAUAUUAUUUGCCUUGAGAAAUCGACUAGAAAGCAUUCAUCCACUGUGGAUGCAAUCAACUAUAUUUGUGAUGUAGAUAAAAUGAGAUGAUAUUAGAUGUGUUCAGAUACAGAGGAGAAGGCCAGUGAAGGAUAAAAUAGUAAGGACAGGCAGAAAGGAAUCUUUUACUGUUUCCUCAGAUGCCUUUGUUUUUCUCAGUGGGAAAUAUAUAUAAUUUGUGAGACUAGAUAAAUAUAAAUUGAGCCCAAGUAUAUGUACAUUUACAUUAAAGAUUUGAAAUUAAUCAUUUUGGGGCUAGGAUGUAGCUCAGUGGUAGAGCCUGGCAUGUACAAGGUCCUGGGUUUGAUUCCCCAGUGUUGCAAAAAUAAACUAAACAACAACCAAAUCCAACUUUUAUUUAAAUUAAUCUCUUUUGUUUGUUUGUUUGUUGUCAAGAUAUGGUUUCUCUGUGUAGCCUUGGCUCUCCUGGAACUAUCUCUGUGGACCAGGCUGGACCCAAACUCACAAAACUCCCCUGCCUCUGCCUCGCAAAUGCUGGAAUUAAAGGUGUGCACCACGACUGCCUGGCUCUUUAAUUUUUUUUCUCCCAGUAAUUUCUAGUCCUUGAUAUUGCUUAUAUUCAGAUCAUUAACACAGUAUAACUUAUUAAUUUGUCUUUAUUCUGUUUUAAAGCUUCUGAAGUAAAUGCUUGGAAUACAUGAAACCCUGUUUUUUAAAAACAAUGUUUCUGGGAGUCAAGCACGUAAAUAGUUAAGUAUCUAAUAACUCUCUGUCCUCAUGCCGAAAAGGAACCCACGUGCUAGUGAGCUUUUUAUGGGUCUGUAUGUAGUGUGGGGCUGGAGUUUGAACCUAUCUUGCACAUGCUAGGCAAGCACCCUAUCAUUGAGCUACAUAGUCAGCCUCAAAGUGGUUUUGUUUCUUUUUGUAUUUUGGACAAGGUUUCUCUGUGUAGCCCUGCCUGUCCAUGUUUUAAUUUUUAAUAGGUGCAUUUCUAAAGUGUGUUCAUUUUUCUCAGAAACAUUAGUGUCUUCUUGAAAGAGUAUCAUAAUAAAGCAUGACAGAACCCAAGUCUCCUCUUCAUCUGUCGCUCUUAUUUUGUAAGAGCUCAGGACCUCUCAGAGAAAAGAAACCACAAGGAAAGACAGUUAUUGCUUAGUCUUGGAAUUCUGAUAGGACCUGGGAAGCUGCUGUGCUCAUGGGUGCAGGGUGCAGAUCUAGUGCAGCCCUGCCUCUGUGGCGUCCAUCAGCCAAUGGCUGCUCUGUCAUUCUGUUUGCUCUGUGGAUUGCGUCUGUAUCAUGGGUGCCAGUUAGUAGCUAAGACCAUGUAGUAGGUCUCUGCCAUUAAAAGCGGAGACAAUAAGCAUGUGGUAUUCAUUAAACAAAUAUGAUUCUUGGGGUGGGGUCAGUCUACUUUAUUAAUAACACCCCAAACUCUCCCAAUGCACUACUCUUCUUUGGUCCUCCCUAUAGUUUAAAUAAUACAUGCAUCAAAGUACAGCAAAAGGCUUACUACCAAAUAAUCUAAAAAAUCCAAGGCAAGAACUAAGUAAAGUAGAAUAUUUUCUUUAUUUAACUUCUUAAACUGUUAAACCUAGCAUUUGCCUGUCAUCUCAGCACUCAGGCUGAGGCAGGAGGAUUGCUAUGAGGCUAUAUACUGAAUUUCAGACUAGAUUGGGUUCCCUAACAAGAUCAUGUCUUUUUGUUUUGUUUUGUUUUUUGAGACAGGGUUUCUAUGUGGCUGUGGAGCCUAUCCUGGAACUAGCUCUUGUAGACCAGGCUGGCCUCAAACUCACAGAGAUCCGCCUGCCUCUGCCUCCUGAGUACUGGGAUUAAAGGCGUGUGCCACCACAGCCUGGCCAAGAUUAUGUCUUAAAAACUCAAAAUAGACGGAAAAAAUUCCUAUAUUGGUUUGGCAAAAUUUUGUCAUGGCGAAUCCUGUCACAUUUGGUUGGCCAGAGGGCCUUAUCUUUGAAGUUUUCUCUGAGUAAAUUUCCAUGUAAAAAUCUUAACACUACCCCUCAAUUAUAAAUAUCCACUUGUCUUUUUGGAGUCAGUUAGGUCCAAUCUGUGUCUAAAAGUUAAUUUUAAAAUCUUUAUCAUCUUGCAUGUUUCACUUUUUGUUUCGUUUUUCAAAACAGUGUUUCUCUACAUAGUGCUGACUAUCCUAGAACUCACCUGUAGACCAGGCUGCCCUUGAACUCCCAGAGAUCCACCCGCCUCUGUCCCCAAGUGCUUUAAUCCUGGCACACGUUUCACUCCUUUGGAGCUGGUUUUACUUCUUGGUUGUUCUGCAAAAAUUAGAUAUUCAAGGAAGCUGUCUACUACAUUUUGAGGAAAAAUAAAACUGAUAUUCACAAA